AUGAAUACUAUUUAAAGAAUUUGUUUCAAAGAUAAUUCAUAAUACGUCGGGAAUUAAUCUGUUUCGUUACUAUACUUAAUAUAAAAAUUAUUUAUUAAUUAGAAAACAGGGUUAUUAAUUAUAUGCUAAUAGAUUUCUGUGAGAAUAUUUUCCCUCAAUAGCUUAGACUAUUAAAAUUCCAUUUAUGAUAAUUAAUUGAAUUUAAGUUAUUUUUUUUACAACAAAAAUUAUAAUUAUUUAAUUUAUAGCUAAAUUUAUUAUUUAAUUUUUAUAUAACUUGAUUUAAACACAAUGAUAAAAAUUAAUUUACAAUUACCUCCUCCAAACUCUAUCUCAGAGAAUUAAUAUAGAUUUUUCUUUUUAGAUGAUUAACAGACUUAUAUAUUCCUAAACUCAGAUUUUAAAUUUAUCUAUUUGUUUGAUUAAAGAACGCAUAAUUUAAUCAAUCAAAUUUUAUUAGAUGAGGCUUUUUACUUUAAUUCAGAUGUUAUAGUUGACUAGAAAAACUAGUAUAUAUUUUUAUUUGAUAUCAAUAAUAGUAUAAACCAUUAUUCUUAUUCCACUAAAUAGCUAAUUUAAAAAUAUUAAGUAAAUUAAUUCAUUAAAUUCUUUCAAAUUUAUCAAUUUUUAUUUAUCAAAUUAUGUAAGCUAAAUUAAUCUGACGCAUCUGUCUUUCAGAAGAAUAUGAUUUGGGACAGUUAUAAGCAAAGAAUUAUUGCAUCUUCGAAUGCCACAGUUUAUCUUAUUAAUGUAUAAACAAAAUUAAUAGAAUUAUAAUUAGAAGACACUUUUGUGACUUAGCUUUAGCUUUUCGAGAGUAAAAAUAUAAUAUAAUACUCUAAUUAUUACAAUAAUGUACUUCUUGAUUACGAUUACCUUCUAAAUAAUAAUAAAGAUACUUUUCCUAAUUAAAUAAACCCAAGAUUUUUUAACCUAAAUGAAAAUUCUAUUUUAUAUUUGAGCUACUUUAGCUCUCAGAUUUAUUUAUUUAUUAACUAAAAAAUAACUUCAACUUGGAUUAGAAAUAAUUUUAAUUGGGGAUAUAUUAGAUGA